ACAUAUUUACUAUGGUGGUUUUGCGGUGCAUUACCCGACGUCGUCUGUUGAUCGUUGGAGGUUAAGUUCGUGGCUUCAAGCGAGGAACAUUCAGCUGUGUUUCGGCGGGUUCGGCCUCGGACGAGCGUAUCCGUUUGUCCGCUGGGAUCUGACUGCAUGGGUAUUUCGCGAUACCGAAAUAUUUUCUGAAAUAUGGAUUCUCUGCCAAACUUGGAGACCGUUUACCAGGCCGUGUUCUCUUUAUAUAACAAUACAAAUCCGGCCGAACCAGGAAGAGCGUCAUUAUGGUUGGGAGAAUUGCAAAGAUCGGUAUUUGCAUGGAAAAUAGCUGAUGAAAUGUUACAUCAAAAACGAAAUAUAGAAUCCUGUUAUUUUGCUGCACAAACAAUGCGUACUAAGAUCCAGCUGUCUUUCCAUGAGUUACCCCAAGAAGCUCAUAUUUCAUUACGAGAUUCGUUAAUAGAACAUAUAUCACAAAUCAAUGAACAUACUAAUUCUGCCAUUGUUACUCAGUUAUGCUUAGCUUUAGCAGAUUUGGCCUUACAAAUGUCUUCUUGGCAGAAACCAGUUGUAGAUUUAAUUAAUAGGUUUGGAGGAAAUGCUGCAAACCUUUGGCCAUUGCUUGAAAUAAUGACGGUACUUCCAGAAGAAGUAAAUUCGAGAUCACUUAGGCUGGGUGCUAAUCAUAGGCAACAUAUACUGCAUGAACUUAAUGCAAAUGCAGAUACUGUGACAGAAUUUCUGAAAUUGUGCCUAAAAAACAGCGGUGAUAAUUUACAAAUCCAAGUUACUAUUUUGCGAUGUUUUACCAGCUGGAUAACCGUUCAUGCAAUACCGCUCAAAUCUGUACCCUCAAGCGAGGUAGUGAUUUAUGCCUUGCAAGUACUCAGCAAUCACAUGGCUGUUUCACAAUUACACGAAACGGCUACCGAUUGUAUCUGCGUAAUUUUGCAAGCGUUAGGAGAAGAUAGUAAUACUAAUCGUGAUAGUGAUAAUGAAACGAGCGUGCAGUUGCAGCAAUUACAAUUGUGUCUUUUCACAAGUGUAAUGAAUUUAGAACAACCAUAUCACUUAUCUGUUGCGCACGAAGACAUGGAAAAGUCUAUAAAUUAUUGUCGAAUAUUUACGGAACUGGCCGAGACAUUUUUAGAUACUAUGGUGACAGGUAGUGAAGAUGGAAAGCAGCAUUACGCUAUAAAAAUUUUGGACCUUGUCCUUACGUGUGUCGGUCAUCAUGAUUAUGAGGUUGCACAGAUAACUUUUAACCUGUGGUAUCGGUUAUCAGAAAUUCUUUAUCAGAAAAAUAACGAUGAUCUUAAUGGCGUAUUUCGACCUCAUAUUGAGAGACUGAUCGGUGCUCUCUGUAGGCAUUGUCAAAUGGAACCAGACCAUUUAGGUCUCGUCGAAGAAGGAGGAGGAGGAGAAGAGUUUGCUGACUUCCGAAAUCGUGUAUCGGAUUUGAUAAAAGAUGUAGUGUUUGUAGUUGGAAGUAGUCACUGUUUCCGACAAAUGUUUUCAUCGCUGACCGGAGGUCCUGGCCCACAGGGUCAACCUAUACAUACACCUACUUGGGACUCGACCGAAGCUGCACUUUUUAUAAUGCAGGCGGUAGCAAAAAACAUUCUACCAGAGGAAAAUGAUGUGGUUCCGAAAGUUGUAGAAGCUAUUCUUAAUUUACCAGAAAAUACUCAUAUAGCCGUACGCUAUACUAGUAUUCUACUCUUAGGCGAGCUAUGUGAAUGGAUAGAUAGGCAUCCACAAUCAUUAGAACCAGUUUUAAAUUUCCUCUUAGAAUGUUUAAAUCAAAAGGGUUUAAAUCUAGGAAGUGCUGCUUCAGGCGCAUUAUUAAGUAUAUGUACAGCUUGUCCACUGCAUAUGACAACGCAUUUCUCCGGACUUUUGCAAAUAGCACAUUCUCUCGACAAUUUUGCUAUUAGUAAUGAUGCAGCUAUUGGCCUACUAAAAGGAGUAUCGAUAAUUUUGGCGAAAUUACCACACGAAGGAAUUACUUCGGCAAUAACAGAAUUAUGCUGCUUUCAAGCAAGUUCCCUAUGUAAGCUUCUGGCAGAUAGAGUUCCAAUCGAGAGAGGAACAAAGACUGAUCCUGUGAUAUGGCUGGAUAGAUUAGCUGCUAUAUUUAAACAUACUAAUCCUCAAAUUGAUGAUUCUAAUAAACCUCAUCCUUGUCAAAGUGCAGUCACUGAAAUGUGGCCUGUAUUGUCCAGUGUAUGUGAAACAUAUCAGCGAGAUGUAAGAGUCAUGGAGAGAUGUUGCCGAUGCAUACGUUUUGCAGUACGCUGUGUGGGCAAACAUUCUGCUCAUUUGCUUGAGCCAAUUAUAAAACAAAUUGUACCGUUGUAUACAGUACAUAAACACAGUUGUUUCUUGUACCUUGGUUCUAUAUUGGUGGAUGAGUACGCGACUGAUUCAGAAUGUGUAUGGAAUCUGUUAAAUAUGUUACAAGCUUUCAUCUGUCCCACUUUCGCCAUUCUUGAACAAGAAGACGGUUUAAAAAAUCAUCCUGAUACAGUAGAUGAUCUGUUCAGGCUCUGUGCCAGGUUUCUUCAAAGAGCUCCUAUUCCUUUAUUACAUUCUCCUGCUAUCAGAAGCAUUGUAGAUUGUGCUAUAACGGCAUGCAGUUUGGACCACAGGGACGCUAAUAGUUCAGUAAUGAAAUUCUUUUAUGAUCUUUUACAUAGCGGUCGCAGUUGUAAGGAUCGAUCAGACUACACGAUACGACGACAAUUGGUACAAAAUAUAUUGCAAGAAAAAGGCCAAACAUUAGUAGUAAAGUUACUACAUGCUUCAGUGUUUGAAUUGUCUUCUUACAUGUUGUCUGAUGUGGCGGAUGUCAUUAUAGAACUUACCCGAAGUGAUGCAGAUCUCAUGUCAAAAUGGUUAGAAGAAGCUAUUAAGACAAUGCCAUCGCAAAAUGCAGGCGGAGCUCCUACAGCAACACACGAUCAACUACUUGAAUUUCACAGUAUAGUCACGAGGUCAGAAACACCAAAAACCGUCACAAAUGCUCUACGAAAUUUUGCACGCCUGUAUCGCUAAUGCAUUUUAAUGUAUAUUUACUUUGUUAAAUUCCUCAAAAAUUAUUCAUAAGAUCUUCCAACAAAUUUCGAUUAAGACCUUUUAAAAUAACAAAAUUUGUUAUGGAAAUCUCAAUGCUAUACAAAUAUAUCAGGAAAAAAGUACGAAGAUUUUUUUAUGUUCUUACUAUCUAUAGCUAUGUUUGCAAACUAUACACACACACACACACACACACACACACA